UGAAACUACGCUAUGACCGUAUUGCGCAGAUUGGUAGAGAAAUGAAACCUACAGACGCUAGGUACAAAUUUCAUUGCGGGUGACGGUUUUCAUUGCGGGUUCCGGCAUAGUACAGCUGAUGCGUUUUGGGCCCCUUUGGGGAAAAGCCACGACCUCGGGGUCAUUCAGCGCAGUCACUGCGUUGACUCGGUGCCGUUAUGAGCUUUGCAGCGCAGCUAAAGCAGGCAUGGUUGCGUAAGCCCUGCGUUCUUAUAACAUUGUCAUGGAGCGCAAAGACAUCAUCGUCAUCGGCGCAGGUGUGAUCGGGCUUACGACCGCAAUUAAGCUACAAGAGACGGGCAAGUACAACGUAAGCAUUCUCGCAGAGACGUUCCCCACGGAUCCGAAGAGCAUACACUACACCAGCCACUGGGCGGGUGCGCACCAUUUCAGCCAUGCGACCGAAGAAAAGCAGAAAGCCAUUAACAAAGAGACCUUUAAUGUCUUCUGGGAACUCUCAUCUCCCGGCUCGCCGACGGAAUCACUCUUCUUGCGGCACAUCGAGACAGAGUACCGCGAGGACGUUCUCAAGGCGGAUGUGGCGAAAACGCUGGAAACCAUGCCAGAGUUCAAGUAUCUAAGCGACCUUCCCUUUGAACGCGUCAAGGCCGCCUACUCGCUCCGCACACUCACGAUACACCCGCCCGCCUACCUCCCAUACCUCCAGUCCCGCUUCAUUGCGGCUGGCGGGCGCACCGUGCGCGGCUCGAUCAACCACAUCGCGCAAGUCAUUGAAGGCGGCACGCACGCAUUCGACGUAUCACCAUACGCGUACGCCGGUUCCUCCUUGACCAACAAUGGAUCAAAAGGGCCGCUCGCAGUGAUCGCCUGCCCUGGCAUUGGGGCUCGCACGCUCGGCGGGAUCAUGGACGAGAAGGUGUACCCCGUGCGUGGGCAGACCCUCUUGCUGAAGGCGCCGUGGCUCGAUUACGGGAGGGUAAUGGUUGAAGCGGAUGGUACAUUCACGUAUGUGAUACCUCGGCCGGGAGGAACGGUCCUGAUUGGCGGCACGGGCGAUGUCAAUGACUGGUACCCCAUCCCUCGGGAGGAGACCUCCGAGGACAUCCUCGAGCGCGCAUUUGCACUCGUGCCGGACCUAGCGGAUCCGGCGCUGCGCAAUGGCAAAUCCGGCCUUCCGCCUGUGCCUUCGCACAAACAUGGUCCUCCUCCCGUCUCAGAGGGCGAAGGAUCCAUUCCCCUUUCUACCCUCAAAGCCAAUAUCGUGGAGGCGGGCUGCGGCCUCCGUCCUGCCCGCGAGGGUGGCGUCAGGCUAGAGGUCGAGUGGCACGCUGCUAGCAAGGACAAGGAAGCGACACGCAUCCCGGUUGUCUACAACUAUGGACACGGUGGCUUCGGCUAUAUCGCGUCUUGGGGAAGCGCUUCUUACGCGUUGAAGCUGCUCGAGGAUGCACUAGCUCAAGGUCCUCAGCAGAACUCCGAGGGCCAGAGUAAGAGCGCCGACUAUAGCACGGUAGAUGGAAGCAUCGGAGGGAACUAACGUAAGAGGUUCGGUGAAGAUACAAAGCCAUGUAACAUAGCUGUAUCAAUAUGUGACAUCCUAAGCAGUGCGAUGAUCUUGCUUGUU